GAGUCCUUACCAUUAAUCCUUAGCAUUAUUUCAAUAUAAUAUUAUUAUUUUGGUUUAAUUAGCUAGGGAUCAAUCCUUCAAGAAGGAUUGGAAGGACUCAAUCCUUAACACACGUGUCUCUCUCUAUCUCUCCUCCCACGCUCUCUCUCUCGAUCUCUCCUUGCUCCAUCAUCUCCCACCAUGAUCCUAUCUCUCUCUCUCUCUCUUUACUUCAUUUCUCUCACUCGGACACUGCAAAUUGCCAGUCGAGAUUUGUCACCGCCUGUUUUAUAAUUCCUCUUCUCCCUUUUCGUUUUUUCCCCGUAUCAAUGGAUCCUACAAUUCCUCUUCAAUCAUAUUUGUGGGUUUGUUUUGGUGUUACUGCAAUCAUGACGUGGGUUGUUCCUUGAAGUUAGGGGAAGUGAAAUGGCUCUUAUCAAUUUGGAAGCUCAUGUGUUGCUGCUCAGUGGGGGAUUCGUCGUCCUCAUGUUGCAGUCAAAGCUUCUUUUUAUCCAACCAGAUUGGAAUCUCACCAUGACAACAGUUGCAUCAGCCAAAUAAAUUGUUUGGGAGCUUCACAGUCGAGUAUGUUUUCACAUGGCUCCUUGCCCUUCUUGUCACUUGUAAUGGGACAGUCCCGUAAUUCACAUUCUCGUAGAGGAGCUCGCUUCACCGUUAGGCCUUAGGUUGAGUAAACAAAAUAUACUUUUGAGUUUAUGUCGUGGAUCCCAAUAACGUCGGAACGUUACGGAUGCAGUAGAAGUGAAUGGAGGGAUUAUUGUGUCGGUGGUGAAGAAGGAAGAUUGGUUUAAGAAGCAGAGGAGCCGAGUGAAAGUGAUUGACUAUGGCGAAGCUGUCAUCAUGCCUGGUCUUGUUGAUGUGUAAGUUUGAUCUUAAACCACAUCACCAAGGACUCGGUUCUGUGUAGUUUAUGCUUCCUUCUGGAACAAUGGCUGCUGCUGCUGGUAAUCAAAUCAUGUUUCAAUUACUUUGAGACAUGAAACAUGAACUCUUUCUUUUUUUUUUGAACUUCAUGAAUACAAAACGCUAAGGACUCCAAUUCAAGUAACACCAUUGGACUUGAUUCUUUUGAUUAAGUCCUUAACUAUUCAAAAAAAAAAAACCAAAUUUUUUUAAUGUUUUAAUAAUGCUAAGGACUCUAAUUAGAGUAACACCAUUGCAUAUGCUCUUAUUAACCUUACUUAAAGUCGCAAACUUUGCUUCGAAUUCAACCCAUCUCUCAUCUCCUCUUCCCCCUUCGCAAUCAAAUCUCCAACGAAAUCAAUCUCUCUGCUCAAUUCUCACUCUUCUGCUGGGUUUCGAGAAUUCUCUAAUGGAAGGCGGUUCCGCUUCGACUUUGUCAAACGAUGAAAACCUCGUCGUCUCCUCCGAGGAUUCUUCUUCUCCGACAGAGAACGGUCUCGAGCUUCGUCUUACGUUGAGCCUCGGUCGAAAAGGGUAUCGAGAUUGUAGGGCUUCUCACGCUAAUGAUGAUUCUUCUUCUUCUUCAUCGUCAUCACCUUCUUCCUUGAGUAGCAGAGCUAGCGUAACGGCUGGGAUCAAGCGAACAGCUGAUUCCAUGGCACCACCUACUAGUGGGCAAGUUGUGGGGUGGCCACCAAUAAGGACUUACAGGAUGAACAGUAUGGUUAACCAAGCCAAGACAUUGGCCAUGGAAGAUCCACAACAAGUAAACAGAAAUACAAAUGAUGCAACAAAGAUGGGAAGCUCGAUGUUUGUGAAGGUGACUAUGGAUGGUAUUCCCAUUGGAAGGAAAGUCGAUCUGAAUGCUCAUAAUUGCUAUGAAUCCUUGUCCAACGCUCUCGAAGAUAUGUUUCUCAAACCCAACACAGUUUCAAGCACACAAGAAACAGAUGGUCACUUGGAAACAAGGCUCAAGAUACUACCAGAUGGGUCUUCUGGAUUAGUACUAACAUAUGAAGACAAGGAAGGAGAUUGGAUGCUUGUUGGUGAUGUUCCGUGGAGGAUGUUUAUUGGUUCUGUGAAAAGGCUCCGGAUAAUGAAAACAUCAGAAGCUACUGGUGCAGCUAAAAUGAACUUAUAAAGCAUAUAAAUAAACUACAAGAACCCUUUUAUGUUUGAAGCAAUAAUAAGACAGAUCAAAAGAGAAGACAACAACAAUGUAAGAAUAUUCUUGCCUUCACAGUUUUUUUGGCUCUGCCAUUUAUUUAGUUAGCUAUAUUGUUCAACUUUGUAAAAAUCACAAAACGUUUCAGAGCAAUGCACAAGUUAAUAAUAAACAUUUGUAAAGAGAGCAAAGUUAUUCUACA